UAGCCACUACCCUAACCAUGGUCCAUGCUCUAACUCAUCAAAGCUGGAUUCAUACUGGAGAUACCAGGGCUUAUAUUUAAACCAAGAACGGUAAGGUAUGUGAAUUAUGUAGGCAAUUGAGAUUGCCAGAGUGUGUUUGCUAUUACCCGCUGUAUGUAUUAAUUGAAGGGAGGGCAAGUUUGACUGACUGACAUGGGGGUUGCAACCACCUACGCACCUACGUUUGUCAUGUGUACACAAGCAGUUGGACGCUGACUCUAUGGUACCUACCACACACACACCACUGGAAGCAUCGAGAAAGGACACCACUCAGAGUCAGAACCUUUGUGCAAAACCAUGCUACCAAACUGACAGUUAAAAUCAGUUGAGACACUGUGCAUUAGCAUUUCUGCAGCAGUUACAAACAUUGUGAUAGUUUAUGUUCGUGGUUGCUUCUUGUGACUCUCUGAAUUUAUUGAAUGCUUUUCACAAGCACAUGUAAAGACUUCAUCGAUACAACAUAAACAUUUACUGGAGAUGAAAUACAUGUUGUUUCACAGCCGAGGGAGCAGAAGUGCAUGUUUAUGUUUACAAUUUGGAAGUCAGUGGCGAUGGUACUGUAUUGUUAUUGAGGCUCCAGUGACCACCCUUCCAGUUGAUUAAGUUUUUACCAUAUUUUUUGUUCAUCAAUCUGAUGGUACUAUCAUGUGUCUGUCUGACUCCAUGGGAUUCGGAGCUCCUUGUUCAUGAAUACUUUUGGCACUGCAGUGCAUUUCAGCAAUUCUGAGCCUUCAUGACUGGUGCAGUUUAUAUUCACUCUCUGCUGAUAAAUGUACGUGUAGUAUAGUCACCUUCAGCCGAGGUGUCAUCCAAACCAUCCUUCAGUGGUUCCUACAUCAUGACUGACGUAGUAAGCAGCCUAUAAAUAAUCCUUUCAUUGUCCUGUAUGUGGAUACCCAAGGCCGCUGGAUAUUAUUAAAUGUUGGUAUCUUAUUGGGGAGUAUGGAUACAGAGUUGCAGUAUACAGCUGUACAAUCAGCAGACAUGUUCCCACAGCAGGAUCACCACAAGAUACCACCCGGUGUAGACCUGUCACUGACGGAGCUCCAGGACAUGGCUACCAGGCAACAGCAUCAGAUUGAGGCUCAGCAACAGACGCUGGUUGCUAAGCAACAGCGACUCAAGUUCCUGAAGCAACAAGAAGUGAAACAGCAGCAAAUGGCAGCAGAGGACGAGCGCUUGCGACAUCUGCGAGACAAAGUGGACGCCCAGGAGCAGAAGCUGCGCAAGCUACGGUCCCUGAGGGGUCAAGCCGACUCCGCCAAGAGCUCUAAUCACUCACUGUCCAACGAGUUGGACUCAGUCAGGACGCUGUUUACACAGAAAGAGAAGGAGCUAGCCCAAGCCGUGGCCAAAGUGGAGGAACUGACACAGCAACUUGACCAGCUGAAACAAGGAAACCUAAACGGUGUCAACGGAGAUGUGUACAAGUCCCCAGCUAAUGCAGAACUAGACAGGCUCAGAAAGGAACUAUUACUACGGAAUAGGCUUAAUGAUGAGCAGAGUGCAACUCUACAAAAGCAGCAACAGUCAAUGUUCCAUCGAAAGGAUGAGAUGAACGUGAUUGACAAACGCAUUGAAGAACUGACUGAUAGAUUGCGCAAGACAAGAAGCAUGGGAAAACCUCAGUUACCUUCGCCGGUGCCAAACAUCAACAACAAUGCACUGGUUCAGGGUGGAUUGCCCAACGGCAAUGCGGGGUUUGAUAGACCUGGGUAUGGAAACCAGUCACAGCAAUCCAGGGAUAUGGGUAAAAGGACUGAUCCCAGGGGACCACAGGGUACCAACCAUGGAAGGAGAUCCCCCAUGGCGAAUGGUGACUUGUCUGGUCCCCCUCCAUCCAACGGUAAUGGGCGUCCCGGUCCUACAAACCGACCAAUGCCUUCGAAGCCAGCAACUUUGUUUCCCACACAAAGCUUCAAACCUAGGACAACAAACCAAAAUGCCUCGUCAGUAAUCCCUAGGCAGGGAUCACCCAUGUCGGCAAACAGGCAACACCAGGUACCAGGUUCAUGGCAUUCCACAUCUUUGGAUAAUACCCAUCAGUCCCGUGGAAGACCAGAAGGUGUUAAUGAAAGUGGUAGUGACACUUCCUCAUUGACUGAGAAUUCAAGCAUUGAUAGUGUACCAACAAGUGCCCUGCCUAGUCAACAGAAUGGGUCUCAAGGACCCAUUCGCAGACCUGAUAACCGUGGCUCUCCAGUACCUCAUAAUCAACGACCAGGAAGUCCAAAGGCUUCCAGCCCUACAUCUAAGGCAGAUCCUAGGUUAACAUCACUUUCAGAGAGACGAGCUGGUGAUAGGACACCUAUGUAUAACCUUGCAAGCCUUGAAGCAGCUCUAUCCCCACCUAAAGAGUUCAUUGAUGAUACAAGCGGCUCACAACAGGGUGAUUGGAGACAACCCAGCUACGCUCCAGGACAAGCUCCAGGAAGUCCAUCUCGUCAGCCGUACAGAAAUGGUAUUGAUAAUGAGCCUGACUUUAGAACCAGGAGUGCAAGCACUGAUUCUUUCGGUUCACAGGGACGCGGUGGUACCAGACAGCCUCCAUCACCACAGGGGAAAAAGAAGCCGCCACCUCCACCAAGAUCCCUUUCCACUGGAUUGUCUGGAAGGUCUGACCCUCCCCCUCUUGGCUCUCCCUCUAGAGAUGGUCCACCAGCACCAAAUGGUCAGAGGUACCCUUCAGUGUCUAGUCAGCCCAAUUCUGCACUCACUACUCAGACUUCAGCAUCCUCCAAUCAUCCUGGCAGUCCUAAACUUUCCGGUGGUCGAAGCUCAGGUUCGUCCUCUCCUGUUGUUGUUAAUUCCUCUGGCCCUGUUCCAAGGGUACAGCCAGGGUCACCAAGUACAGUCCACCAAGCAAGACCAGGCUCCAAACCUUCCUCCCCUGUCAAUCAUGGCAAUCCACCUCCUAGACCAGAGCUUCCUCAGCCGUAUUCAGUCGGUGCUGCUACUGAUCCAACCAAACCAAGGCAUCAGAGAUCACCCGCAACAGUGGGCAUGUUUGUACCACCUCCCCCGGCCCAGAUGCGUAAUUACAAUCGUCCAAGCUAUGAGCAAGGCCUGACGGUGACUGACGGGCAGCAUAGGUCAAAUUCUAGAGACCAACCGGAGAAAAAGCCGAAUCUUGCUGCUAGGAGCCUCUUCCCAAAUGCCCUUCGACCCAACCCACCUGGUAGGAUCUCGCUGUCUGGUAAUCAGCCGCAGCCCUUGUGUGAGGGUCAGGAAGCCGAUCCGAACCGAUCGUCAAGUCCACUCAACCUUCCCAUGAGCCACCUGUACCAUCACCCCGACCUGCAGAGGUUGCGCAACAUGCCUCGUCCACUCAAGAAGCGUCUGUCCUAUUCUGAGGACAAAGAAAGCCUGAAUUAUCUUAAGAUUGGGAAUGAGCCUUUACCUCCCUACCAACCGCAGACACCAGGGACACUCCUGGAGCAAGAUCCGACUCUGAACAUUAACAGCAUCGGCCAGGAUCCUUCCAAACAGACCAAAGGUCUCACCAAGAAUGAACUAGACAUGAACAACAUGAACAAUGCUAUCCUAAGCCAGAAGCAGUACACCGCUGCCUUGUCACAGCUGUCCCGUUCUCCAGUCAUCAGCAACAGAAGCUCCACCGGGAAGGGACAGGUCAAAGGAAUCUUGAAAAAAGAAGGCGCUCCAAAGAAGACUAUCAGGGUACGCUUUGAUCCCUUGGCGUUAUUGCUGGAUGCCUCUCUGGAAGGAGAAUUUGACUUGGUCCGCAGAAUUAUGCCUGAGGUGCCCAACCCCAGCGGUGCCAACGAUGAGGGGAUCACCGCCUUGCACAAUGCUAUCUGUGCCAAUCACUAUGAGAUAGUCAACUUCCUGAUCAUGAAUGGAGUGGACGUCAAUUCACCGGACAGUGAUGGAUGGACUCCCCUUCACUGUGCGGCAUCGUGUAACAAUGUGAUCAUGGUGCGUAACCUGGUGGAACAUGGAGCUUGCAUCUACGCGACCACCAUCAGUGAUAAAGAGACGGCAGCAGACAAGUGUGAGGAGGAGGAAGAAGGCUUCAAGAUGUGCUCUCAGUAUUUGUUUGGUGUACAGGAGAAGAUGGGUAUUCUGAACGGUGGCCGCAUCUUUGCUGUGUACUCCUACACGGCAGACAAACCGGAUGAGCUGAGCUUCAAAGAUGGAGAUGAGCUGACGGUGAUCCGACGUGGCGAUGAAGAUGAACCGGAAUGGUGGUGGGCAAAGAAAGGCAACCAGUUGGGAUACCUGCCAAGAAACCUAUUUGGGCUUUUUCCACGUGUCAAGCCUCUCUUUUAAUGGAAGUCUUUACUGGCGACAAUUCCUUUAAGCAGCCACAUCUUUGUAAAUACCAGGUACCAUGUCGGGACCUAGAAUUAACCUUUCUACCACACCACAAAAUAACUGAAUAAUAGCCACACGCACAAUCACUUUGAAGGAGUCUCAAAGUUUUCUAGUUUUGUAAAUUCUUUACUAAAAAGUUAAACUUGUCAGGAGUUCCUCCCUUCCUUGAAUUUGUAUCUUCUAAAUUUCUGCUGUCUCAUGAAAUAGAUAUUUCAAAAAAACUACCUGUAUCUCUCUACCAAGAGCCUUAUUUUAUAGAGCUGACAAUAUUGCUCAAGAAUUUUCUGCUGAAUGAAAAUAAGCAAGAAAACCAGUCAAAAUUGGUACAUGUGAGAUGUUUUUUAAAUAUUUUUUAAUUUUUUAUGGUAGUGGUUUUCUGGUUCAAGCUUAAGCAGCUCUAAGCAGAAAUAUUGCUUAAACAUUUUCUGCUUAGCAAAAGUACGCCCAUGUAGUUCUGGUAAGCAUAAUGCAGCUCUAUGAAAUUGGGCCUAGGUCCUAUUCUCUUUGGUACUUUCAAAGUGUUGAUGGUUGUUGACAUCCCAAAGUUACCAAUGUCAUUUUUCAACAUGGAGGGAGGGGCUCAUUUCACAAGAACACGUUUUUCUUGUGACCCGGUUAAAAAACACUAAAGAAAUAAAAAUUCAUCACCAAUUUUUAUUCAUCUUAGAUUUACUGCAAAGAUGUCAGUUGUCAACCACAAGGUGUAGUAAAAUAACUUGACAUUCCACAAACGGCGAUGUCUAUUAAACUCAGUUUCCCAGCAGAAUGAUAUAUUUAACAAAACCCUAGAAUUAAGGUUCACUGCAUGAUGAAGAAAUGCCCCAGUUUUGUAUUUUUGAAAAUAUUGCUCUUUAAAGAUAAAAUUUUUCUACCAGAUAUAACAAAGUGUCAGUUAAAGAUGUGUGGUGAAACUUACCUACCGUCCAUUAAAAGUGUGUUUGUGACUGCUUUCUCAGAGAAUACUUUCUUGUCUUAUCUGUUAUUCAACCUUAGGUAUUCAAAUAACUGUUCGUCAUUCCAAAAUAAUUUGUGAAAUAAUGAGAUGUAUGGGAUUUGGUUUGUAUCCGUGUUUCAAUGUGGUUUUGAUCAACACAAAAACUUCGUUGUCACUUAUCCUUGCUCCGGGAGGAUCUUUCUACUUUUAAGAAAUCUUGUGAGAUUAAUGCUUCACAUUCCAAGAAUAACAAAAUGGGGAAAAGAUCAAAUAAUACAAUAGGAUAACAAUGGGCAGAUAUUCUCCAUGAUGCGUAACAAAAGUUGUUUUCGGCAAAAUGAGUUGCAGAGAAUUUCACACUGAGACCUGUAUAUAAUGUUUUUAAAAAUGUUGUAAAGUAUUGUUUAUUUCAGCUCGGAUGAAAGUAUUGUACUAAGAUGAAUAGAGUACAGUUUGAACACUAACAUUAAACCUGAUUAUUGUAAAUUUACAUUAUAUUUUUACGAGAGAAAUGUAUUAAUUCUGCUGACUGUAUUCACUUCUAAAGACCAAAGCUGUAUUCAAUUUGAGUUGUACUAUACGUUGUUAAAGGCAGUGGACACUAUUGGUAAUUUCUCAAAAUAAUUAUUAGCAUAAAACCUUACUUGGUAACGAGUA